AGAAUCACAGUGAAGAUCGUAGCCUGACCGUGAGCUGGAUACGCGAAGCGUGAAUGAACAGUACUUAACGAGUUACACACAUAUCUGAUCACCUUGAUCUUAAACCUUGUUGACCGUUGAGCCUUCAUCUUUCCCAGUCACAACCGCAAGAAGACGACUCGGUCGAAUCCCGAUUUGAGUCAUGAGCCAGAUAUUGCAUGUGGGCACGUAAAGUGAUGUUCACAGGUGGUUUUGUUAUGGAUGAAGGAUGAGUUCCGCGUUCUUUCGCAGACCUGGUGAUGAAAGUUCCAGCCCCAGCAGUUCUGAAGUCGAAAGUGAAGGCUCAGAGAACAUUGACCACGUGAGCCCACCCGUUGAGAAUGUCGACGACGAGACAGGCGAGCUGGGCACCACGGAAUCAUUUUCGAGCCAUGGGAGCAUUUCGUUUGGAGGUUCUUCUGCUGCCGGUGGUGGUGGUCCCGCAACCUCGUUUGCCGGCGUUGACCACCAUCGAACAAAUUUGAUCGACGCACUCCUCGAGGACUUUGCACGGACUCGAGCAUGCGAGAUGAUGAACAAUGCGAAGCCCGGAUCAAACUACACAAGGUCGUCUCCCGAGAUCGAGGCUUUGGCCAGACAAUUCUAUCGACAAGCCACUCAAUCGCUCGCUCAAACUGGAGUACUCCCAACGACUCUGGUGUCUGAACAAGGUCGUAACAAGGAGCAAAUGCGAGCUACUUACUUGGCCGGAAUUGAAGGUAUAGCGCUCGGCGGAGUGCAGGCAGGUAAACUCAUAUCGUCCAAUGUUGCAGCCACCACAGCCCUGCCUUCUUCCGAAGAGCAACUGGCCGUGACUCGAACUGAACAAGGACCCUCGAAUGCAUUUGGUCAACUACUUGAACAGCCUUUGAGAGACCUCUCGCUCUAUCAAGAUCAAAAUCCAUUCACAAUCCGUCCUUCCAAUUUUAUGCUGUCCAACCAGUCUAUAGAACGUCCUCGCAGCCACUACGAAUCGAGCUUCCAGCAAAUUGGUCUGCUUGGAAAGGGGGGCUUCGGUCGGGUAUACCGCACAUUCAAUGUCUUUGACAAAAAGGAAUACGCAAUCAAGAAGAUUCCUCUCAGCCCUCGCUUGUCACAGCGAUACAAAGAGUCGGGUCAUCAAGAGCUUGAACAUGUUCUGCGUGAAGUCCAGGCACUAGCUCAACUUGAGCACAAUAACGUCGUUCGGUACCAUGCUACAUGGAUCGAAUCCCCAAGACUACCAAGGAUGAUGGACUUGGAUGAGGAGAGGCCCGAGCUUAGAGUUCAUGGCAGACGCCUCAUCGAUAAUGGAACACCUCCUGUCACACAGGGUCAACCUCGAAAAACCUUACCGCGUCGACUGUCGCCGGAUCGAAGCGAUGGCAUUGUCUUUGGUUCUGAUAGUGUCUCGCAAAUCCGCACACUGGAUCAACAGGACGACAAAGAACAACCUCUGUGGUCAAUGAGACAGACAUUUUCCGAUCCGAGCUCAGCACGACCAUCUGAAAUAUUUACUGACGGACAUGCAGAGACAAACGGUCGGCACGACGUCGUAGUGGAUGAAUCAGUCUAUGUCCUACACGUGCAAAUGUCAGUCUAUCCCCUGACGCUUGAGCAAUACCUGACCCCAGCUCCUGAAAACGCCCGAAGCGCACCGAGCAGUCCUAUGCGAAGGCACUGCUUCCAUCUAGUGCCUGCAUUGCGCAUAUUGCUUGGCAUCUUAUGCGGGCUGCAGUACAUCCAUGCAAAGGGACUAGUUCAUCGUGACAUCAAACCCAGCAACAUAUUCAUAUCGAGCUUCGAAAUGGCGACCCCUAAUGGCGGCGUCUCGGGGGGCUACUACGACGUCGGUAGCUGCGUUGCAUGCUCGUUUUCCAGUCGCUACUUUGUGAAUCCACGUAUUGGGGAUUUCGGACUUGUUGCUGAACUGGCUCGAGAUGGUCAGAGGAAAGACCAGCAAAUUGACGGCAAAGCCGACAAAGCGGUGGGUACCGAAUACUAUCGUCCACCACGCUGGACGGAUUCGAAAGAGAAAUGGAAAGCCUCAUCGAACGUCAAUGAGAAACUCGAUGUGUUUGCCCUUGGAGUGGUGCUGGUGGAAAUGCUCUGGCAUUGUACUACCAAAGCCGAACGCAUGGUAGUUCUUGGAAGCCUACAGAAAGGCUUCCUCCCCGCAGGCUUAGCCACGAAAAUUGACAAGGAAGGACAUGACCCAGGUACCGGAGAGCUCGUCUGUCAAUGUAUUGCUGGGAUGAUCAACCGGGAUCCACUGCAGAGAUGGGGCUGUGGGCUGGUGAAAGAACAGGUCGAGGAGAUAUUGAAGCAGUGUCGAGUUUCGCCAAACGAAGAGCACGACGAUGCAAGUACGAGUAUCGAUGCUGGUUAUGGGGUUGAGCUUCAUCAAGUAAGGAGUUUGGAGGCAGAUGCGCCCUCACGGAGGCAGGACUGAAUCUGCACAAAAGCAAGACGGUCAUCAAGCUGUCGAACCCCAAAAUAGUUCCUUUCCUUUGCAACGAAAGGGGCUGGUGUGCUUCACCAAGUGAAGCACGAGCACUGAUACUCCAUACCUACCCUCGAAGGGAAAAGCUGACUGAGAGCAAUUGAUGUCGAAACGCUCUGACCAGCGCCAAUCACACAACCAGUUUGCGGUUCGUAAAUCGCUAGUUUGAAGAAGACAGUGCACCGUGCUGCAACUGAUUCAAAGCCGAGGAGAGAUCAGCAGAUCCUGUGACUGUGACAUGCGGCACAAUCAUUAUUAGCAGACCUGUGAGGCAAUCAGCCAAGAGACGUUAUAGAUGUACAGUAGGAGACGAGCUUUCUGGCGAGCCUCGUUGCGAUAACAUAACAUCA